UUGGGAAAAUAAAAUAAACAAACAAACAAGCCAACCAAAGAUGAUUUUUUUAAGAUUUUGAAACACCACCACCAUACCCCAUGACAUUAACUGAACCUUUCUAAAACAACAAAACAAUCUUUGGCAUGAAAAGGUAUGUUGUUAUUUGAAGGGAUUGAACAACAAAGUAACAACACCACCUUUACAAUUUAUUCUUCAUGCUUUCCAGCACAUUUCAAAGUUUUCAAUCAAACCCAAACCCAAACCCUUGUUGGAUUCUACAAUCUUCUUCUUCAUCCUCCUCCUCCUCAUUGCCCCAAAACAACAAGAUUCUUGCUUUCUUUCUAGGUCUUCUGAAAAUUUGUCCUUUUCUUAUUAGAGUUUUUUUUGGGGCAUCUUUUUUUGUUUCCUUGAGACAUGGGAUUUCCUCAUACAACCCUUCUCUUGAGAUAACAAAACGCAAAACCCACUUUUCAACUCUCCUCAUUUCAUCAUACUUUACUCUUUUUGGUUCUCAAUUACAUUGAGUGUCAGGAACAAAAAAACAUAAACUUUUCUGAGAAAACCCAUGUCUGAAUCAUAAGAAAUUUCAUAGAUUUUUUUUUUGAUUUCUUGGGUUUGGAGAUGGGAUGUGUCCAGGGCAAGUGCUGUUACUGCUGUAGCUGGUACCCAAAAUCAUCUGAUGGUGAUGCCCAAGAGUUAAGUAAUGGUGGUGGGGUUGGCGAUAAUCAGAGAUAUAUACUCACAGAGAGGUCAAGAGAGAUUGCUUCUGUCCCUUCACAUAACUUCAAAUUAGAGUAUUCGGUUCUGACACAUAGAGGGUAUUAUCCAGACUCACCUGACAAAGCCAACCAGGAUAGUUUCUGCAUCAAAACUGAUAUUCAAGGUAACCCAAAUCUUCAUUUCUUUGGUGUUUUUGAUGGGCAUGGUCAGUAUGGUACUGAGUGUUCUAAUUUUGUUAGAGAUAGACUUGUUGAGAUAUUGUCAAAUGAUCCUAUGCUGUCAGUGGAUCCUAUCAAAGCGUAUAACAUUGCAUUUGAGAGAACCAAUACUGAACUUCAUGAGAGUGAGAUAGAUGAUACAAUGAGUGGUACCACUGCGAUUACUGUACUUGUUAAGGGAGAUACUCUUUUUAUUGCAAAUGUGGGGGACUCUAGGGCUGUCAUUGCUGUUAGGAGUGGGAGUCGUGUUGUUGCGGAGGACCUUUCGAUUGAUCAGACACCGUUUAGAAAUGAUGAGUAUGAGAGAGUGAAACUAUGUGGUGCAAGGGUUUUGACAGUGGAUCAGGUGGAAGGGAUAACUGAUCCUAGUAUUCAGAGUUGGGGGGAUGAAGAGAAUGAUGGUGGCGAUCCACCUAGGUUGUGGGUGCAGGAUGGCUUGUAUCCUGGAACUGCCUUUUCGAGGAGUCUGGGAGAUAGUACAGCUGAGAAGAUAGGUGUAAUUGCUGAUCCUGAGAUUUCUAUGGUGAAGCUUACACCAAAUCAUAUGUUCUUUGUGAUUGCAAGUGAUGGGGUCUUUGAGUUCCUCUCGAGCCAAGCAGUUGUCAAUGCGGUGAUAAGAUAUACAGAUCCGCGGGAUGCAUGUGCUGCUAUCACAGGAGAAUCGUACAGGCUAUGGUUAGAGCAUGAAAAUCGCACAGACGAUAUAACGAUCAUUGUUGUGCACAUCAAAGACCUAAGUAAUCAAUUAGGUGUUGGUGCUACAACUAAUGGAACAUAUGGAAUGAAUACGGAUCUUGUUCCAAUAUUGACUGGGAAAGGGUCUGCGGAUACAUCUGUUUCUUACCAUACAUUAAGGAGUAACUUAUCUGAAACACAGCCUUGUCUAUAUACUACUCCUGUGGAAAGAAGUCCAGCAUGUGUUGUUCCAUCUCCAACCCACUUUGGAUCUUCAAAUACGUGAUCUUGGUAGAUCGAAUACAUAAGCUACCUCAUGUUGAUCUCUUUGGUAUAAUUCAAAAAGGCAGAUCACUAGAAAGAGCUUAUUGAUGGAUGCAGGGUGAAGGGAUUUGCGCUGUGCUGAAAAUAAGAUAGCCAUGCCAUCAUCUAUACAGAUAUCUGACCAUUGCUAAAUGGAAACCAAAGAGACACUAGCACAUAGAUUGACUCGAUUAGUACACUGUGCACCUGGCUUUUUACGGAGGAGGGAAUACUAAAGAUGUGAUGUGAGGAAAUACUAAAUGGAUGCAAGAUUCGCACGAAGAACUUGAGCUCUAUAAUAAAAAAGUGAAACGGGAUUUAUAUGAUGGGUUUACUUUUGCUAGUUUUAUAGAUAGUGUUGGCAAUCCUGUUAAAACUGGUUGUCUCUUGUAAAGCUGACUUUUUUUUCUUCAUGUUUUUACCACUCAUAAUGUCGAAAAUUAAUCUAAGUUGUUUUCUUUUAUUCUCUUGA